AGACUUAACACCCUUAAAUCUGACCUUGAUGCCGCAAAUGAACGUGCGGACAUAGCGACGAAAGAAGCAAAAAAGUAUCAAGACGAGGUUAGUGAGAAAGAACAAGAAAUCUCUAAUCUUCAGAGGAGAAGUGCAACACUCGAGAGUCAACUAGAUGAAAAAGAGGCGGCCCUAAAAGAAGCCCAAAAAAAGCUUAAUGAUGCCGAAAUUAAUGUAGAAAAUGUAGAACGUAAAAUCAAUCAACUUACUCAAGAACGAGAUGAUUGGGAAAAGAAAUAUGAAGAAAAAAAGGCCGAAUUUGACAAACUUAAGGCUGAAUAUGAAGCCGCCAUUUCUUCCAUUGACGAUUUGUAA